CUCGCAGUAUGAACUACAUCCGAAAGCGAGAAUUUAAAACACUUCUUAACCGAUGGUACUUACUGAGUGGUUCCAAUGGGUUGGUGACAAGAUACCACAUUAUACUCGUCGUAAUGAACCAAUAAAAGUCGAACCAUAACGAUCACGCAGAACAAAUCUUCGGCAUUUACACCUCACCUUAUUUAACCUAAUAAUCGCCUAUAUAAGAAUGAGUCUAAUCUCUUCAUCACUUACUCUGGAAAGAGCCACCCUUCAAUAUGAGGUUCCUACUCCUUUGUGCAGCAGCUUUUCUCCUCUUAGUCGCUCCGACUAAAACUGCACCAGAUGAAUCUACAACAACUGAUUCGCCGAUAACAACUGAACCAACUGAUUCCGACAAAGGCAAAUCUAUAAAUUCCGAGGAUGAAGAGAAGCUCCAGGCAGAGCUCGCAGACGCAAAGGCAAGGCUCAAUGUCUUAGAAGACGAUAAGAAAAAGCUGGAGGCCAAGUUAAAGUCCCAAACGUCGAAACUAAAGCAGAAUAAGAAAGAAGCGGCCCGCGACCUAGAAGGGACCAAGAAGGAGCUCCAAGAGACGCUAGGCAAGAUAGGAAAAUACGAAUUCGUCCUGAAGGAGAUUCAAAAGACGAUCACAAAUAGGUCAUUCAAAAAGUUAUUCAAACCCAGUAGGAAACCAUAACAAAAUCCAUACCCAUACCCUUACUCAUGCGAACUAUACCAAUAAAAUUUGGAUAGUUAUGGGGAGUUGGCAACACCUUCAAA